CAGAAGACAGUCAGAAUUCUGAGAGAUGGGGAACCUUUCGUUUCAUUAGGAAUAGCCAUUAAAAAGUGUGAAAUGUGGAAUAUGCUUCACUGAAUGAGCACACAUAUCUCACAUCAAUUAACUCAAACAGGAGAGAAACCAUUUAAAGGUAUGGAGUGUGGAAAGAGCUUCAGUCGAAGUGAUGAACUUGGAAUACAUCAACAGACUCACACAGGGCAGAAAUUAUUUAAAUGCAGGGAGUGUGGGAAGAACUUCAGUCAUAGGGGAAACUUAACUUUACAUCAACGGACUCACACAGGGGAGAACCCAUUUAAAUGCCUGGAGUGCGGAAAGAGCUUUAGUGAGAAUGGAACACUUAGAAGACAUCAACAAACUCACACAGGGGAGAAAACAUUUAAAUGUAUGGAGCGUGGAAAGAGCUUCAGUUCCAAGGCAACCCUUAGAUCACAUCAACAAACUCACACAGGGGAGAAACCAUUUAAAUGUAUGGAGUGUGGAAAGAGCUUCAGUCAGAAUAGAUAUGUUAAAAUGCACCAGAGGAUUCACACAGGGGAGAAACCAUAUAAAUGUAUCGAGUGUCGAAAGAGUUUUAGUGAUAGUGGAAGCCUUAGAAGACAUCAACGGACUCACAUAGGGGAGAAACCGUUUCAGUGUAUGCAGUGUGAAAAGAGCUUUAGUGAUAGUGGAAGCCUUAGAAGACAUCAACGGACUCACACAGGGGAGAAACCAUUUAAAUGCAUGGAAUGUGGAAAGAGCUUCAGUUUCAAUGCAACCCUUAGAAGACAUCAACUGGCUGACACAGGGGGAAAACCAUUUAAAUGCAUUGAGUGCGGAAAGUGCUUCAGUCAGAAUGGAAACCUUAAAACACAUCUACAGAUUCACACAGGGGAGAAACCAUAUAAAUGUUUGGAGUGUGGAAAGAGCUUCAGUUUCAAUGGAAAACUUAGAAGACAUCAACAUACUCACACGGGGGAGAAACCAUUUAAAUGCCUGGAGUGCAGAAAGAGCUUUAGUGAUAAGGGAACACUUAGAAGACAUCAACGGACUCACACAGGAGAGAAACCAUUUAAAUGUUUGGAGUGCGGAAAGAGAUUUAGUGAAAAUGGAACACUUAGAACACAUCAACGGACUCACACAGGGGAGAAACCAUUUAAAUGCCUGGAGUGCGGAAAGAGCUUCAGUCAGAAUGGAAACCUUAAAACACAUCUACAGAUUCACACAGGGGAGAAACCAUAUAAAUGUUUGCAGUGUGGAAAGAGCUUCAGUUUCAAUGGAAACUUUAGAACACAUCUACAGAUUCACACAGGGGAGAAACCAUUUAAAUGUAUGGAGUGCGGAAAGAGCUUUAGUGAUAAUGGAAAACUUAGAAGACAUCAACAGACUCACACAGGAGAGAAACCAUUUAAAUGUAUGGAGUGUGGAAAGAGCUUCAGUUUCAAUGCAGCCCUUCAAAGCCAUCAACGGACUCACACAGGGGAGAAACCAUUUAAAUGUAUGGAGUGUGGAAAGAGCUUCAGUCAGAGUGGACAGCUCAAUAUACAUCAACCGAUUCACACAGGGGAGAAACCAUUUAAAUGUUUGGAGUGCGGAAAGAGCUUUAGUGAUAAUGGAACACUUAGAAGACAUCAACGGACUCACACAGGGGAGAAACCAUAUAAAUGCAUGGAGUGCGGAAAGAGCUUCAGUCAGAAUGGAAAUCUUAGAAAACAUCAGCAGACACACAGGGCAGAAACCAUUUAAAUGUAUGGACUGUGGAAGCAGCUUCAGUCAGAGAGGAACCCUUGAUUUAUGUCAACAAACUCACACAAAAGACAAACCUUAUAAAUAUGAGGAAAGUAGAUAGAGGUUCAGUCCUAGUGGAAAUUCUACAUCAACAGACUCACGGACAGGAAGAACUUUAGGAGUUGAAACCCUUCAAACCAUCAACAACCUCAAAGAGAAGAAGCAGUUUAAAUGAAAAGAUUGCAAAAGUGCUUUAUUUAUAAAGGAGUGUUUAUCUGGAUUGCUGGUGGUCAGUGAGGAUUAGGGCUGGGCGAUAUAUUGUUCCAAACUGGUUUCUAGACCAUAUUGUGAUAACCUUUCAAAAACAAUUGAUACGGCAACAUACCAAGAAUCACAGUGUGUGUUUCUGUGAUGCCCAUUUGCCUGGAAGCUUUUCUUCAUGAAGCCCCUGCAGAUGCCGAGUUGCUGACUUCCCUCCCAGACGACAGGAAGCGAUAGACACACCUCCAUUGCCCUGGGUCGUUCCAGCCUCUUUCCUCCCUUGCUCCCUUCUGCCGGUUUGUGUGCCUGACUUAGGUAUCCUGCAUGCUGCAUUUUUUUUACUGCUGAAACUGGAUUUGCUCUCAGGCGCUAAGUUUUGUGCCUCACUGGGGACCCAGUGAGAACUGUAUGCUUUGAAAGCUCAGUAAACUAUUACUA